GUUAAUCCUUCUGUUUUCUCCCGAUUGGCACGUAGCAAAAAAAAGAAGGUUCGUUGGGUGUGUUUCACAGAUCUCGCUCUGUCCGCUGUCGUCGGCGUAGGUGCUGUUGCGCCGUUUCGCUCUCUCGAUACGGCCUCUGUGCGUGGCGUCAUCUUGACGCCAUUCGUAAUUUGGCGUGCCCCUCGAGCAGUUUAUUUCGCAAACGUCCGCGUCGCUCUGUCCCGUAUCGAUCGGUAGUGUGGUUGGUGCCUUUGAGAAAACCCCUUACAAUCGAAAGUGAAAAGUGAAAACUGUGGCAAAAUGAAAGCGAUUCUGCUCGUAGCAUGUUGCAUCCUGGCCAGCAUCAGUGCGGCACAAGCCAUCAAGUGCAUGCAGGGCACUGAGUUGGUCAAUCUGGCCGAUACCGACAAACCGAAGGACAACGAAAAGACCCCCGAGUUCGUCGAGUGUGGUAUCCUCAAUACGGCAGCUUCGGCCACUGCCCUGUUGGUCCUGAAACCCAACACGGCCACCUCCCCCUCGACGGAUUACAAGUGCUUCCAUCUGCGUGCCGAAGAUUCGGAAGCGAAACGAGCCACCAUACUCAAGGGAUGCAUCUACAAGGCCCAGAACGUUUGCGAUGGCAAGUUCAAGCUGGACACCAUGCGUGAAGUUUUCUGCAGCCAGUGCGAACAGGACGAGUGCAACGCCGCAAUUAACUUGGCUGCCCCGUGGAAGAUUCUCAGUCUCACCGCUUUUGCCGUCGCAUUUUACUUGUUCAAGUAAACCGUAGCACACAUUUUUUGAAUCUCUUUUCAUAUUACUAUUACACCGUCAGCAAUAAGAUAUAUUGAAGAGUUACAGCCACACAGCAGUGUGCACCGCGGACCGGAUCGCGGCUUUUGAGAAGGAGGAAUGUUUUAUUACCAAAUUACCAAAGAACGGCAGCCGUGGGCCCACCACAUACUCUCAGGAUAACGAAUGCCUUCCGCAACACUUACUUCGCAAUGGAGAUCAUAACUCAUAUGCUCAGGACUCAGCAAUACACAGCGUAUACAGCGCCCGCUCAGUACUAUUUCGACACAAUCGAUUGGUUUUUUGCAGUAGUGAUAGCACGUAGAUGACGGUCCGAAUAAUGCCUUACGAAAGAUGUAGAACUGCGCUCUGUAAUCUCAACUGCUUUUUACCGAUAUUGGGCAUGCCUACCUUGCAAGCGGUACCUAGGUAUUAGAUAACCGAGGACACGGAUUACGCACUUGCGGCUUUUUGCAUAAUAUUAUGUUGCAUAAACAAAUAAAGCAUCUUUUGCCACGUUAUGCGUUCCAUUAGGAAAGGUUUUUGUUCCCGAUAGUGGUGUUGCAUAGUAAUAUGUUUGCUGCUUUUUGCGGAAUAGCUCAGUAAUUGUAACAAUCACGCGUCGAGACCAUCGAAUUCAACCAGACACCCCCACAUACGUGGCGUGAAUUGUGUAGAGAGUGUUCCUCUGCCGCCACCAAAUGGGGCAGCUUAGAAAACAAUAAAGAGAAAAAUUGUUUGUCAUUAACAUGCCGCUCAGGCGCGCAUGA